AUGCAGCUCACAACCCUCACCGUCUGCCUCGCUGCCUUGACCAGCACCGUCGCGGCAAUGCCCCAUCUCUCUGGCGCAUACCACGGUGCCCGCAUCGCCGUCCGUGUUCCUACCAAUGCUACUGGAACCUACAGUGCUACGACCACAAGCACACGUGGCCAAGCGCCUCUGUCAACGGGAUCAGCUAAGGGCAGCACCCACGGUAUCAACCAUAUCAAUGUCAACCACUGCCACGAGUUGUGCUCUUUGCAGUCUCAUGCUUGCUCGCUUGCUGUGCCGGACGAUGAUAAGUUCUGCUGGUCCACCUACUUGCAAUGCACUGAGAAGUGCCGUCCUCAGGAUUUCUAG